AUGCUGCGUCGUCGUCUUCACAUUGGUGGACUUCCCACAAGUGUGGGGGAGGAAUUGCAGGUGUUUUCCUCAACGGCCGUACAGAAACGUUUCUCCUUCAAAUAUGCCACUAAACUCCAACAUGAUGAGAUGCGACAACCUUUUUACAUUCAUGAAAAACGUUAUGGUAUUUUUAGUAACGAACGAAAUGUUGGGAAAUCACGUCGUGGUUUACCGUUUAUUACACCUCUCUAUACACGACAUAUGAAUUUGUGGGAAACCGAUACAGAUGCGAAGAAUAAUCGUUUCUUUAGGGAAUAUGUAUUUGGUCAACGGGAAUUACAUCAAUUACUUGGUAGACCUCAUGGCUUUGAGGCGGCAAACACGGAUGGUAGUAAUGAUCUCUCAGCCUAUGAAACCCAUACAGAUCAACGGUAUAAAGGUAUACCACGGCCGGCCAUUACAAAUCUACAUUAUGAACCUGAAUGGUGUCAGACACUUUACCGUGCUGGAGCUCAUGGGGCGCAGUUAAGUAAUCCACGUAGUCCUCUCACAGAGGAAGUACUUGGACCAGAAUUAUUAAAGAUACGUGAUAUUAAAAGUUUAGAGCAUUGUAAAGCCUGGUUUGCUCGUUUACAGUAUCUUAUUCAAUUACAUUAUGAUGCUGUAGGAGAUAUUGGAGAAUUUAAAUCCCGUCAUACCCAACACGUACAUGAAUUCUUCGUUGCUUUUCAUGAUGCCUUAAGUAGUGUUGAUUUCCGUGAUACGUAUUUAUUUGAACAAUUCCAAUCUGCCCGUCCUGCAGCUCUAGAGGAUCUUUUUGGUAUUUUUCUUGAGAUGGAAGGUAAUUAUGUAGAUCCCGAUCACUGUCCACGGUGUAGUCUUCCCUAUAGUUCAACCCGUUACUGCGGUGAGGGUGAUGCCAACACCCCAUUCCGUCGACAUCGUGGGCGAUGGGCGCCGCAUCAACGUUGGGGCCGUGAAUGGUUUGCGGUGGUGGCCCGGCGAGCAGAGGCACUUUGGCAUCGAGCCACAGAAGAUCCAUACUUUGGAACUGGACAACAUACACAACGACAGGCAGAGGCGUUAUUGCGGGUAUAUGUACGGACUCAACAACGUGGAAAGGCAUUGGAUUUUAUACAUGCAUUACGAGGAAGUAAAGAGUUUCUUAUUGGGGCUAUUACGAUUACACCAGAGAUGCAGAAAUCAUUAGAUCACUUGCUUGAUACCACACCACAUCCACAUCUUCUUACAAACAGUUUUACAUUGGAAAGUCAAGCCGCACGUUAUACUGGAGAAGUUCAAAAACCUCCCUUCUCUCCACUUCAAUUUCGUAUUGAUAUGGAAAUGAACAAAUAUAGACGACAACAAAAGGAAGAGGGAGUUGUACGUGUACCACCCGCACUUUGGCGUUUGGAUACCUCCGCUAUAGUCCCAUAUAAAAUUGAUCCAAAAACAAAACAUAUUGUAAAUUGGCGUGAGGUAAAGGAAGGGAUUGAAAAAUCUUUUCUCUCUACAGGACUUCCAAAGGAAGCGUAUACAGGAAGUGAAUGGCGUGAAAUAUUAUACCUUAAUAGUGUUAUUGCGACUCGUGCAACAAAGGCAGAACAGUUGCAAAAGGAAUUAGAGGCAGAGAAAGCUAAAAUGAAGACGGAGAAUCCAAAAAUGAAACCAGACAUCAAUAAUAAUAAUAAUAAAAAUAAUAGUAAUAAUAAUAAUCGUAGCAAUAAUAAGAAUGUUGGGGAUAGUAGUGGCAGAAGUAGUAUGAAUAGUAGUAGCAGUAGUAUUGUUUUCCCAGAUAAGGAUGGUUAUCGGGUAUUUGACACCACACCUGCCUCCUUACAACCAUUUCGUGUUAGUCAAUCUGGUGCUCUAUUUAAGGCUAUUAAACAUGUAUAUCCAUCACCUGAAGCGGUACCAUAUAGUGAUCCUAUUCAUGGUAAACAUUUCUUAUUAGAUACCACACCCGAUACAUGUCGUCUCUUUGGAGAUUUUGAACAUGGUGAUUGGCUUGCGAUUCGUGCAAAAAAUGUGGACGGUAAUAAUAACAAUAAUGCCGAAACUCAAAAAGAAAUGGAAAAAGAAGAAGAAGAAGUAAUAGUGGUAGGUGUAACAAAGGAAGGAAGUGAUUCCGAGUGGCAGUUGUGUGCUAUGUAUGUGGAUCCAGCACGACAACGCGAACGUGGACUUGUUUUUCUUGGAACGGAUUGUGUAGAUAUUCGUGAUCGUUGGGCAUCUAUUCGUUAUGUUUCCGCACCGCAUGUAAAGGGGCGAGUUACGAUAUUAGAUUCUCAACGUACCGCACGUGAAGAAUUUUUAGGUCAAGUAGUUGGUGUUCGCAAUGGAGUUCUCUUUGUUCAGUGGCGUCUUCUUAAAGGAGGUGGAAGUGUGAUGGAUCGCAGUGUAGCGGAGCCUAUUGGGACUGCUGAUCAAGUACGAGAGGCUUUUCUUAAUAUUUCAGAAUUGUCUGUGGAAUCAUUAGAGCAUCCACCAUCAUGGCAGACACCAUUUCGAAAUGAUUUUGCAGAGGAAAGAUUAAAAGAAUUGAAACAAGCUCCUUUUCAACGGGAAAAGUGGGUUUCGCUUAUUCCAGGUAAAUAUACCCCUAAACGUAAACGAUUUGGAUAUACACAACAUACCACAUUAGAUGAUUUUGAGACUAAGGAAUAUAAAGAUCGAUUACUUUCUAAACAAUUUUUUCAUAAUCCACAAGCCUUUGAAGUUAUACCAGAUCGUCGUGAUCGGGCCGUACCAUUUGGUGGGAAAUGGGAAUAUCAACGUACACAAGGUCUUCCUACAGUAGAUCGUAAUGAACUUGAAAAUGGUUGGAGUGAAGUAGAACCUGUAAGUGAUGCUGAAAUGCAUGUGAUUGAGCAAGCAUUACGAGAUAUUAGUGGACGUCGACCAGGAAAUUUUAUUAAAUCUCCUUCCAAGGUAAGUUCUCUACAAUUAAAUGAAACCUGGUGGAAACCAUUUGAGUUUGGAUGGGAACAACAUAAUAAAGAGCAAAAGGCAUUAUUAGAUCCAACAGAACAACGUCUUAUUGAUAGUGCAGGUCUUCCCUUUGGUGGAAAAAUUCCACCGUUUGGGACAUCCUCUGGUAUUGGUGAACGUAUACGUGAGAUUGCGGAGGAUUACGCAAAAGGAUUUGGUCUUGGACCACAUGGUCACUCUCCUUCACAUGAUACAAGUCAUUACAAUACACUUGGUAGUGAAGAUGAACGUGUACGAGAUUUGGGUUAUAAGAAUACAUUGGUAAGAUUAUUUAAUGAAAAACUUGGAGAUAAAGAUAUUCAUCAAUGGGCAUUAGAACAGUGUUCUAAUGGGGAAGCGGAUGUUCGACAAUUAUUACUUUCACUUCAUGAAUGGCGAGAACGUGGUCGUCCACCAUCACUUCUCUUAUCACAGGUGUUAUCAAAAUACUUGGAAGAAGAAAUUACAACCUUUAAUACUGGUAUUCCUGAAAAUGUACCAAAGUUAUCCCUUCAAACCGUAGAUGGGACAUUAUCACCUAUUGGAAGUGGUGGAGAACGAAGUGGAACGAUAUGGGCAGAUGUAGAUCCUACAGCAUAUGCUCUUCAAAAUGCUACUCAACGUGGUCAUAGUGGAUCGGAUGAACCAUUUAUUCUUAAACUUUUAAAACGAGCUCGAUUACAUUCUUCUGGUGCUAAUUUUACAGAUGUGCAGUAUAAUUCUUAUCUUGAAAAUACAGUUGUGAGUGAAUUUCAACUAGGUCUUGCUGCAUUAGUUGGUAAAGGUAUUUCACCAAGUCUUCUUGCGCAAAAGACAGGACAAUUACAUAGAGGAUCAUCACGGUGGAGUGGAAAUGUUAUUCCUUUUGUAAAAAGUCGUGAACUUGCUGGAUUAUUAGGACGAAUGGGAGUAACAUCAGAGAAUAUCUCACUUGUUAUUCGUGGUCUUGCCAAUUGUCCUGAACAAGAAUCUGUUGGAGAUGACUUUGCAGUUCCCGCUUCUCUCAUUCUUAGUUGGGGAGGACCUGGUACUGGUACUAGUACGAAUAGUGGUAAUGGAAAUGCAGGAGAUCGAAAGAAUAACGCCGUACAGUCACGAAAUGAACAACAGCGUAAAGGUUCAAUGGCUCUCUCUAGUGCUAUACGGCAAUUAGGACAACAACGAUCUUCUCAUGGUAGUAAUAAUAAUAGGAAUCGUCAAGGUGAUGAUAAAAUGGUGGUACAUGUUCUUGAAGAUCUCGCUUUACGUAAUGAUGGACUUGUUAUGGAUAUUCAAUAUGCUAUUCGAGAAAAUAAACGAAAUCCAACAUUACGACAUGAAUUUUUUGCUACCUUAAUGCCUGUAUUUGCUGGAAAUCAUGAAAAAGUAUCACAAUUAUAUGAUGAUUAUUGUGAAGGAAAAUAUGUACCAAAUAUUUCAGUUGGGAUAGAAGCUUUUAUUGCCUUUUUACACAAUAUUACCCAACAUCCAGAUGUUUAUCCUGGUAGUAGAUACUUUGAAGUGGAUUCCACAACAGAUGGUCCACAGGCUGGACAAUAUACAGCAUUAAAGUUAUUAGAUCCUCUUGAAGGUCCAUUUCUUUUUGAUAAUAUAAAGGCUGAACAUAUUGAAACUGUUGAACGUUUUAAGAAACAUGGUAUUCUUGCAGGUCCAACACGAGCCCCUGCAACUGGAUUUAUUAUUGCCAAUUCCAAGUCUUUAAAUUACUUUACACGACGUCCAGAAGAAGUAGUGUAUGUUACUACAGAUGCUGAUCAAGGAUUAUGUCGAGCACUAGAAAAGUCUGCACAUUAUAAGGUUAUAGCUGCUAACCCAGCAUUACAGUUUCUCUUAAAUGCUAAAAAUGGAGCUGGUAUUGUAGCUACAUUUAAUCGAUUCUUCUACAGAACUAUGCCAAUGCUUAGCUUUUAUCAAAAGGUAUUAAAGCAUUAUUCUAAUAUUGUACAACCAUUACGAGAAGAAGCACAGAAUAGUGCGAGAGGUUUAGCACGCGCGAUGGAAAGUGAACGUUCCGCCGCUAUUGAGGAAUUCCGUCGAAAUAGUGAACGAUAUUGGCGGAAUAUUCUGGAUGGCCGCAGUGCUGAACAGUCUUUGACUGGAAAUAAUAGAGGAAGUAGUACUAAUAGUAGUAAUAGUAGUAAUACUAAUAUUUCUUCUUCUUCGGCUUCUGCUGCUUCUGCUGCUGCUGCUGCUGCUGCUGGAACUGCAGGUGGACGUGAUCUUCACAAGACCCUUGGUGGUAGUGGAGCCGGCGGUGACUACAGGAGAGGUGGUCAGAGACAACAAUACAGACAACAACAAAGAGGAGGAGAAGGCCAAGAACAACAACAACAAAGACAACAACAAGGUGAUGGUAAACAACAACAACAAGGAAGAAGUGAAGGGGAUCGUGGUGGUGUUCGUACGGUGUUUGGAUCUCGUCAAGGCGGUUCACGGGGUAUGACCGAUUUACUCUCAAAGUUAAAUACACCGAAGAGUGGUUCAAAGGGUCAAACAAUGAAGGGUCCGGCAAAAUCUUCCAAUGAUAAGAAUCGUGGAGGACAAGGUGGGAAAUAA